AGAGCCUGAAGGAUCGAGCGACGAACACGUUUCUUCUUCUUCUCCAGAUCAGCUGCUCUGCCCCCCCGCCCCACCCCCUGCCUGGGAACACAGGGGGAUGAACGGGGAGGUGACGGAGGUGAUGGAGGUGAUGGAGGAGAAACAGGAGCAGCAUCAAGUCGGCAACGGCUCCCAGCUCCCCCCCCCCACCAUCACGCCGGCCAUCCCCCCCUACGUGAAGCUGGGUCUGACCAUCGCCUACACCAUCUUCUACUCGCUGCUCUUCUCCUUCAUCUACGCCCAGCUGUGGCUGGUGCUGAGGUACCGGCACAAGCGCUUCAGCUUCCAGACGGCCUUCCUGUUCCUGUGCCUGCUGUGGGCCGCCCUGCGCGCCCUCCUCUUCUCCUUCUACUUCAGAGACUGUGUCACCGCCAACGCUCUGGGACCCUUCUCCUUCUGGCUGCUCUACUGCUUCCCCGUCUGCCUGCAGUUCUUCACCCUGAGCCUCAUGAACCUCUACUGCGCCCAGGUUUAUUUCAAGGCGAAGUCGAAGCACACACCUGCGCUGCUGAAGUUCAGACUUCCUCUGUACCUCGUCUUCCUCGCGGUCAGCCUCCUCUUCCUGGUGGUGAACCUGGUCUGCGCCCUGCUGGUCAGGACCACCGCCGCCCACGUGAAGACCGUGGUCCUGGUGAGGGUCACCAUCAACGACAGCCUGUUUGUCCUCUGCGCCGUCUCGCUGUCCGUCUGCCUCUACAAGGUGGCCAAGAUGUCUCUGGCCAGCAUCUACCUGGAGUCCAAGGGGACGUCGGUGUGCCAGGUGGUGCUGAUCGGCCUCACGGUGGUGCUGCUCUACGCCUCUCGAGCCGGUUACAACCUGGUGGUGCUCGCCCUCACCGACAUCCAGACCAUCAGCUCCUUCGACUUCGACUGGUACAACGUCUCAGACCAGGCCGACCUGCGCUCGUCCCUGGGAGACGCCGGCUACGUGGUGUUCGGGGUGGUCCUGUUCGUGUGGGAGCUGCUGCCCACCUCGCUGGUGGUCUUCUUCUUCAGGGUGCGACGGCCUCCUCAGGACAGGCAGGGCGGCGCCGCGAUCCCGAACCACAUCCUGUCCUCGCGGGGCUACUUCUUCGACAACCCCCGCCGCUACGACAGCGACGAUGACCUAGCCUGGAGCAUUCCUCCCCAGAAUGCAUCAGCGAGCUUCUCCUCCGAGUGCUACGACUGUGGCAGCUUCACCUCCAUCAGUGACCAGCGCCUGGCCCCCGGGGAGCUCCAUCAUUACCCAUGAUGCUUCACUGCUCAGCUUCAGCGCCUGACCCUGGACCUGGAGAUGAUAAACCCUCGAGAACGUGGAAACGAUUUUUAUGACGAUCAGCUCGAUAAGUCAAAUAAAUGAAUAUGAAUUAUUAUUCCCAGUGAACGUGAUGAUGCUCCUCAUGUGAAUAAGACAAUUUCCUGUAUUUAUUCCUUUUAGCUGAUUUAUUUUUCACGUGGAACUGGUUACACAUCAUUAAACAGCCUCACAUCCUGUCCUGAAUGAUUCUUGAAAACUCCUCGAGUUGUUGUGAGACUUAAACAAACAAUAACUGUAUCAUAAAGUCUGGACACGUCAUUUAAUCCUGAGUCUGACAUUUCACUUCAAAUCAACUUAGUUUCAGUCUUGACAAAUCAAGUGUUUCUGAAACUAUAAAGGAAAUAAUUGUUUUGGCAUAAAACUACAGAAUCUAAAGAAACAGCUGAAAAUCCAAAAUCAAAUCAAAAAAGAAACAAACGGGUUCAAAGACGACGUUCAGGAAAAAACUAUAUUCUUAAAACGUUUUGUCACAUUAUAGAUUUAUCAAGUUUUAAUGUUUUAUGUGUUUGUGGCAAAUCAACAAAAAAAUCAACAA